GCUUUAUCUAUCAAUCAUCAGUAUCAAAAGUUUAAGCUUUAAAAAAAAAUUCUCAAAACCCUUUACUCCCUAGCCACAAAGUGUUCAAAAGAGCGAAAUUCGGUCCAAUGAAUCGAGCUUUGAUCUUCUCCUUUUCCUUAUGGCAGCUGUUGAUAUUACUGCCAUUACUUCAUCAAACGUGUUGCCGGAAUCCGGUGGCAUCCGCCGCCGGAGGCAAAUGGGAUAUGCUUGUACCAAACACAGGCAUUCCAGCCAUGCACAUGCAACUCCUCCGCUACGACAAAGUAGCCAUCUUAGACCAAACCACUUUUGGUCCAUCAUCCAAUCUCUCUUUGCCUGAUGGCAAAUGCGUAAACGGUACGGCCGGAAAAGAUUGCACGGCCCAUUCAGUCGAGUACGAUGUUCUCAAAAACACCGUUCGACCACUCACGGUGUCAACCGACGUCUGGUGCUCUUCCGGUUCCGUCAUGCCGGACGGGACAUUCUACCAUACCGGAGGAGACGGUGGCGGCGGAAGUGUUGUCAGAGUGCUCAAACCAUGCAAUUCCGGCGGAUUAUGUGAUUGGAAAGAAAUAAGUAACGGGUUGUUAGCUCCGAGAUGGUAUGCAUCAAACCAUGUUUUGCCCGAUAAGAGACAAAUCAUCAUUGGCGGUCGCGGGCAAUUCAACUACGAAUUUUAUCCCAAGACUUCCAAAACCAAAAAGCUCUUUGACCUUCCUUUUCUGAGUCAAACAAAUGAUCCCGGGGCAGAAAACAAUUUGUACCCUUUGGUAGUCCAAAAUGUGGAUGGCAAUUUAUUCAUUUUUGCCAAUAACAAAGCAAUUCUGUUCAAUUACAAUACUGGUGCUGUUAUAAAGACAUAUCCAGCCAUCCCUGAUGGUAAUCCAAGGUCAUAUCCGAGUACCGGAUCAGGGCUACUUUUGCCAUUGAAGAAUCUUCAGGGAAACAUUCAGGCUGAAGUUUUGGUCUGUGGGGGUGCACCCAAAGGCGCGUACGAAAGCGCUAUAAACGGUGUUCUCAUGGGUGCAUUGAAAACUUGUGGUAGGAUUUCUAUAAACGACCCGAAUCCGAAAUGGGUCAUGGAGACCAUGCCUUUGGCUCGGGUCAUGGGGGACAUGAAACUGUUACCCGAUGGGAAUGUGUUGUUGAUUAACGGGGCAGGCAGCGGAACUGCUGGAUGGGAACUUGGUAAGGACCCGGUUCUUUCUCCGGUUCUUUACAAACCCGAUGCCCCGUUGGGAGCCCGAUUUGAAGUCCAAACUCCGGCAGCAAGUAGGCCGAGGAUGUACCAUUCCACCGCAAUCUUGCUUCGUGAUGGUCGGGUCUUGGUUGGUGGAAGUAGCUCGCAUGGUGGUUACGUGUAUACGGGUGUGGACUAUCCAACCGAUUUGAGCUUGGAAGCCUUUUCGCCAUCUUAUCUGGAUCCACAAUUUGACCCUAUACGCCCGCAGAUAACUUCACCCAAGUCGCAAUCCGGGAUCCAAUACAAGAAAAGUUUCCCCAUUCAAUUCACAGUUAAGGGAACAGUGAAUCCUAAUUUGGUUAAGGUAACCUUGGUUUCGCCUUCUUUUACCACGCAUUCGAUGUCCAUGAACCAUAGAUUGUUGGUACUAAGUGUCACGAAAGGCGUUAAAUCUCUCGGUAAAUCAAAAUAUGAAAUAACCGUGGCCGCACCCGCCACCACCAACCUCGCACUUCCAGGAUACUAUAUGUUGUUCGUGGUGCACCAAGAUAUUCCCAGUGCUGGCAUUUGGGUGCGAUUACCGCAGUAAAAGAAAUGACGGAAAAUUCCAGCUUCUUUUUUUUUUUUUGGUUAGAAAAAAUUCCAGCUUUACAUCAGUCAUUUAAGCAGUUCAUUUGGAGCACAGGAAAGGAGGUCAACGAUGAAGCUGAAAGUCUUAAGAGCUAGCCCAGUUGUGUAACAGUGUACAUGUAUAUGUUGUCAACUUUCUUCUUGUUUUUCUUUUUUUUGUUUGAUUUUCCAUAACGACUUUGAUCAUGUAAUCUUUUUUCGUUUGAAUAAUAUUUGAG